AUGGACAAGGAUGCUUAUGCCCUGAACAACGACUUCAUUGGGGAAUGCAUGCAGGCCAUCAACAUGUAUUCUGGAGAUGCAAAGAAGAGGUCAUAUGGGGUGCGAGACGAGUACAGGAUGAGUGGGGCUGCAGUGGAGCAGGCAAUACUGGUGGUGCCACAAAGGAUGGAAGAGCUUUUAGCCUCCAAUCCCAUUCUCUGGAUCCCAACCAAAGUCUGGUUGGAAUUUAUGGCUAGAUGCAUCAGGGCCCUCCAGUUGGCUCAGAUCUCUCUCAAGGAACUGGAACCACCCAACCUUGGGAUUCUGACUGGCAUCAUCUGCCACAUGAUUUGGUGCACGUCCACCACUGCAAUAAUCCUUGACUUCCAUGUGAGAGAGUCCAUGGCCCUUCUGCAGGUCUCCAGGCCUUGGUUGAUCAUGCAGGACUGGAAGUGGUCAGCCCAACUGUCCAGUCUGGGGCCAGUGGUAGGGAAACUUUUCAUUCUGUUUACCUGUCAGCUUUGGAUCCAGUUGGAUGUGACUUGGCUGACAGGCUCAGAGGGAAAACCAGAGCCAACAUCUUUGGAAGAAGCCAUUCAGAGUUGGACUCUGAACCAGACCUUCAGGACAAUACGUGCCUGCAAAUUCAAGGCCUGCAAUGCAGAAAUUGCAGGGAGUGGAGGGGCUGAGAGGGUCAACCUGUUUUUCCCGGGACCCACAGCAGGACAACCUUUAUGGAGGUCACCAUGGAAUGUCUUCUGGAUGAAGCCUGGCUAUAUUUGGGAGUAUCACCAGGUGAUGAAGAACAGGAUAUUUUCUGUCCUUCAGACAUUACCUGAUGUGACCAAAGGGAGUGAAAAGAGUCCUGGGAAGACAUGGCGGGUGGAGGGUGAAAAGGUGGUUCUGGUGACAAAUCCCAAGUUCUACAAGAUCGAGGGUAUCUCCACUGAGAAGGAACAGCAACAGGCCAGGAGACGAGCAUCUCGAGUGGUAAAGCCCAGGAAUGCACUGCAGAUGGAGCUCCUGGAGCAUGCAGGAUAUGACAAACUGCUGGCUAGCAAGGCCCUCAUCUUAGAAAGGCAGAGGCUGAAAGAUGCACAGACUAAGAAGUCAUCAAAGGCAAAGAAUGCUCAAAAGGCUCCAGCAAGAAGAGGCAAGGCCACCUCAUAG